AUGAUACGAGGGUACACAUCUGUAUUGAGAAAAUCACUUUGGUACUUACCAUCAAUGGGAUUCUCAAAGAAAUUGGGUAUCGGAGAAGCCUCAAGUGUAUUAGAAGACAAAAUUAAAAAUAUUUCCUAAUUGAAUGACAUCAAAGAAUACGGUACAGUCAUCUCUAUUGGUGAUGGUAUUGCCAGAGUUUUUGGUUUGACAUAAGUUUAAGCAGGAGAAAUGGUUGAAUUCAGUUCAGGAGUCAGAGGUAUGGCUUUGAAUUUGGAAACUGAUAAUGUGGGUAUUGUCGUGUUGGGUAAUGACAGAGAAAUCUAAGAAGGAGAUAUUGUCAAAAGAACAGGAGCAAUUGUCGAUGUCCCAAUUGGUAUGGAAAUGUUGGGUAGAGUAUUUGAUGCUCUUGGUAACCCAAUCGAUGGACAUGGUCCAGUCAAAACAAACACAAGAAGAAGAGUUGAAUUGAAAGCACCAGGAAUUAUUCCAAGAAAGAGUGUCCAUGAGCCAAUGUAAACAGGAUUGAAGGCUGUUGAUUGUUUGGUUCCAAUUGGAAGAGGACAAAGAGAAUUGAUUAUUGGUGAUAGAUAAACAGGAAAGACAGCUAUUGCCAUUGAUACAAUCAUCAACUAAAAACCAAAUUUUGAUUCUGGUGACAAGAAUAAAUAAUUAUAUUGCAUUUACGUUGCUAUUGGUUAAAAGAGAUCAACUGUUGCUAACUUGGUCAAGAUUCUCACCUAAGCUGGUGCUAUGAAAUACACAAUCGUGGUUGCAGCCACAGCCUCAGAAGCUGCUCCACUUUAAUAUUUAGCACCAUAUUCUGGAUGUGCUAUCGGAGAAUAUUUCAGAGACAAUGGAAUGCAUGCUCUUAUUAUUUAUGACGAUCUUUCUAAAUAAGCCGUUGCUUAUAGAUAAAUGUCAUUGUUGUUGAGAAGACCACCAGGCAGAGAAGCCUAUCCAGGUGAUGUCUUCUAUUUGCACUCCAGAUUGUUGGAAAGAGCAGCUAAACUCAAUGCUGAAAAUGGAAAUGGAUCAUUAACUGCCUUACCAGUUAUUGAAACAUAAGCUGGUGAUGUCUCAGCCUAUAUUCCAACCAACGUUAUUUCUAUUACCGACGGAUAAAUUUUCUUGGAAACAGAAUUGUUCUUCAAGGGUAUUAGACCAGCUAUCAAUGUCGGUUUGUCAGUGUCAAGAGUCGGAUCAGCUGCUUAAAUUAAAGCUAUGAAGACAGUCGCUGGUAGACUUAAGUUAGAAUUGGCUUAAUACAGAGAAGUCGCUGCAUUUGCCCAAUUUGGUUCAGAUUUGGAUGCUGCCACAUAAUAAUUAUUAAACAGAGGUGCCUAAUUAACCGAAUUGCUUAAAUAAAAAUAAUACGUCCCAAUGUGUGCUGAAGAAUAAGUUUGUGUUAUUUAUGCUGGUGUCAGAGGAUUUUUGGAUAAAGUAUAAACUUCAGAAAUCGCUAAAUUCGAAGAGAAAUUCCUCACUCAUCUCAGAACAAAUUACCCAGCUAUGUUAGAAAGAAUUAGAAGUACUGGUGAAUUGAGCAAACAAGAUGAUGCUGAAUUGAAGAGUAUCUUAGAAGUCUUCAUUCCAGAAGCUGGUCUUGCUAUGAAAUAAUGAUAAAUAACAAUAAAAAAAAUAUUUAAAAUCAAAAUAUAAAAAAGAAUU